AUGGCAUCGACCGGACCGAAAUGGAGUUUGUAUCCGUUGCUCGCGAUCGUCGCGUUUGUAAGUUCUAUUCGAGAUCCUCAAGGAUCCAGAGAGCCCGGUUUCAGUUCGAGUUCAUGCUCGGAGGGACUCACAUCGUCUACUGCUCCCCGUUAUUCUUUCUGCUUUUCCCGUUUAUCAACGCCGUUUUCGGUCUGGUCACCGCUUUCCACGCCAUCUUUCUCAGGUAUCCAAAUCGGUAGGUCGUCCAGAAAUCCUCGAAUCUUCAAAAUCGAAAUAAGUUUUCAGAUGUGAUUUCUACCUGCAACUCACGUGCUCCUCGAUCGGUUUCAUAUUCUUCUUCUCCUCGCUGAUCGAAUCCUAUUGUAUCAACGAGUUCAAGUGUAAGUGGGCUCUACCGAACUUCCAUCCAAAAUGGCUUCCAUCCAUUUGUCAGACGCAGAUGAGACGAUCAAAGACGGCGUGUGCCACGGGUUGAAAUAUCGGACGAUUGCGAUGGUCGGCUCGUGCAACGACUUGUUAGCCAACCUGCAAUUGUCGAUUUUGGACAAACUCGGAUGGGAGCCAAAGGUUGGCAGCUUUUGAUUUGGGUUUGCAUUGGAGCGCACUUACAUUGUUGCAGGAAAGUGAAGGCAUUCGGUUGUUCACUUCGAUCUCGUUGUCUGUUCUCUCUGGAAUUCAUCUCGUUAUAUGUACUCUUCUCACAUUUUACAGUGCCGUCGAGACAAAGUGAGUUUUGUGUCAAUUGCUCUCUACCGCACUGACAAGCAAAAACUCGGCCUUGGUGAUUUUCAAGCCACGGCCACAAGGAUUGCGAUAGAGCGCAAGAGCCAUAUUUUCGGAAAAAAAAAUUCUAGAAUCCGUCUCUACUCAUACCACUAUCAAGUCGUCAUAUCCGUGCUCAUCAUCCUCGUCUCCGUCUUCCACCUCCGCUACUGUUGCACCUUCUUCUUCCUCCAUCUCCCGCUCGCUAUCGGCCUUUUCUCACUGCUCCAGGGCGUCGUGACGUGGCGGACCAAGUGCCACGGCUCGACCACUCGGGCCGUCAACAUCAUCGGCGCCGCCUUCUCGGUCCUGCUGAACGCGGCGACGAGCUUCGGCAUCUUCUGCUGGUUCAAUCGGAACACCGUGCCGCACAUGAUCACCCGCCACUGCCAUUGGCUGUCCCAUCGGGAGGCCUAUUGCAUGCGAGUCGUGCACUUCAUGCAUCCGUAUAUCGAUUGGUUACCUCAGGAGACGGAAAGGGAAAUCGCUGCUAUACAGGUGUGCAAUCGCGCUCUCUCAAUAAUCCAACCUAGUUUCAGAUCACCGUUCACACUUGCCUAUUCAUUUUCUCGUGUGCUCAGUUUGCAAUUUCAAUGCGAUCCGCAUUUUCGACCAAAAAACAGUAUCUCUACUACUGA